AUGGCGGAGUACAGCCCCCGCGGCCUGGCAAACAUCAUCUGGGCUCUCGCUAAGCUGCAGCACUAUCCGGAGCCAGAGCUGCGGGCCCUUCUGCUGGACACUUUUGUGGAGCGCCUGCCGACGGCAGUGCCGCAGCCGGCGGGCGCGGCCGCGGCCGCGGACGGUGGCGACGCCGACCCUGCUGACGAGGCGCCGCCGGGCUCGCCACCGGCGUCGCCCGCGUCGUCCGCCGCGGCGGAGGCGACGGCGGACGCGUUCGCCGCGCCCGGUGACGCCGUGCCGCAGCUGGGGGCGCCCGCCGACGGCGCCGCGGCUCCCGGCGAAGCGACGGUGGCAGCGCAGGCCCUGCUUGCUGCGCCGCCCGUGCCCGCCGACGGCGCGCCGGCCGCGGCCACCGCGCCGCCGGUGACGCCGCUGCUGAGCCUGACCCAGGUCCAGGCGCUGCUGACUCACCUGUGCGCCAACCUGUCGCGCGCGAUGGUGCAGACAAUCAGCAACUCGCUGUGGGCUGUUGUGGUGCUGCAGCAUGAGCACAGCUGGUGCAUGUGCGGCAGCCUGAUGCAGGUGCAGCUGCUGCUGCACACGUUUUGCCAGCAGCCGCGCGAGGCGCUGCCCGGCCACAUCCAGCCGGUCAUCCGCUGCAUGAGCCAGCUGGCGACGGCCUGCGCCGUGCACAACGGCGACGCCUGGCUGAUGUGGCAGCCGCCGGUGCUGCAGCGGCUGCUGGGGCACCUCUUCUCCCAGCGCUCCCACAUGGAGCAGCACCACGUGUCGAGCGUCCUGCGUGACGUUGCGCAGGUCGCCUGCCUGCUUAUGCUGUUGCAGCGGCGCAAGCUCGAGGCUUCCGCGAAGGCAGAGGGGCGGCCGCCGCUGGGGCCGCGCGCGGCUGAUGACAUGCUCUCAGCGCUUGCGGCGGGCGCGGGGCCGCCAGACACGGCGAGCACGAUGCUCGCGCUGGGCAUGCUGCGGCCGCAGCUCAGCGACAUGGGGCUGCUGCCCAGCGUGCAGCACCUGUGUGGCAUGCUCUCUCUUAUGGCCAGCCACAACCAGGCUGAGCUGGACGGCCGCCUGACCGCCGCGGCCGCCGCCGUCGGCGCCGUGCCUGCAGGCGCAGACGUCAACAGGGCUCUGAGCGAGGAUCCGCUUGCCGCGGGCCCCACCGCGUUCGCCCUGCUGACCGCGCCGCCGCCCCCGCCGCCCGUGGCCCCGGCGGCGGCGCCUGCGCCCGCGGCAGACGCGCAUGCGCAGGCGCAGCAGGCGGGGGAGGGGCUGGGCGUGUUCUCUCAAGCCGCUGACCAGGCGGCCCGCGCUCUCGCUGGCGGCGUGGGGCCGGGCAUCGGGCCGGGCGCCGCGGCGGGCGCCGGGGCGCUUCCGUCGGCCCCGACCGCCGCGGCCGGCAGCAUCGGCAGCAGCAGCGGCAGCAGCGGCAGCCUGCCGGCGAACGUCGAGGCUGCGGCGGCGGCGCUGCGGCAGCAGCUCGCGCUCCAGUCGCAGCAGCAAGGCGCCGACAGCGGCACGGCGGCCGGCGGCCUGGGCGGCAGUCUACUGGUUGGGGGCGCCCUCUCGGCGCUCGGGCACCGCGCGGCGGCCUCCCCCGCGGCCGCCGCGCCGGCGCUGGCGCCCGCGAUCCCGGCCCCCCUCACCCCGCAGCUGCAGCUGCUGCCGCACGCGGGCCUCCGCGCGGCGGGCCAGCCGGGCGCGCCGCCGCAGCCGCACCUGGCUGCGGCGAUGAUGGCGGGCGGCGGCAUCCCUGGGCGCUACGGCGGCGGCGGCGCCGGCGGCUCGUUCGGCCCGCCGCCCGGGAGCAGCACGGACGUCGGCAUGUCCGCCGACUGGGUGCACCAGGAGGCAGCUGCCAAGCAGCUGACGCACCACAUCGUCAGCGCGGAGAGCGUGUGGGCGCUCGUCGAUAUCUACAAUGCAAACAAGACUCUCAUGGAUUCGAUCCACCUGACGGCCUGCAUCACGAGGCUCUCCAAGGUCCUCGGCUCGCGCCCCGCCGCCAACAGCCCCGCCCAGGCGAUGGCUGAGCAGCUCCUCCCCCAGAUCGGCCAGCAGCUGACGCCGAUGCUGCCGUCGUGCAACGCGCGGGGGCUCGCGAACGUGCUGUGGGGCUACGGGCGGCUGCGCAUGCGGCCGGAGGACACGUCGCUGGUCGUGCUGCUGCAGCAAUUCAUAAAGCACCUUGCGGAAGCGACGAGCCGCGACUGCGCAGUUGUGCUGUGGUCGCUCGCGCGGCUGUCGGAGAGCCAGGCGGGCGCGGGCGUCGCGCCGGAGCUGCUGCAGCGGACUCUGUGA